CCAAAAUCUAGGAGGUGAGAGAUUUACUUUUUAGGGUUUUUUCUGUCGAUUGACAAGCAAAUCUCACUUUAAAGCAUUCCUGAGAGAUUUCUAGGGUUCGGUGCUCCAUUUCUUUGCGUUAGUCCGCAGCGUAGGUUUUCCGACAUACGAUUUGCGUUAGGUGUACGUCGAUCAUUUGCAAAGACUUUUUUCGAGGCUCGUAUGUCGGGCGCCAUUCGUGCGUCUUCAAUCUAGUUUCAGAAGAUUUUUUUUUUUUGUUCUUCGUUCUCCCAUUUUUGCUUGAUUUGAAGCUAGUUUGGGGAUUGAUUAUGUAUUGUUGAAUGGUAAUCUUAUUGCCUAACAUAAGAAUCCUGCUAAGUUAUAAGAAGCUUUGGGCCGUAAUUUGGUGUUAUGCUUCGUACAUGUGAUUACGUUGCACGGGAAUGAUAUAUGUGAUGAUUUGUUGACAUGAAUCCGGAAACUGGAGGUUUUGCUAGGUGCGUGAAGCACCCGUCUCAGUUUUUUACAGGUUUCUGCUCAACCUGCUUGGUUGAGAGGUUGUCCAAUGUUGAUUCUGUGGAAAGCACCAGGAGCCCUACUUGCGGUCUUAGAAAUGAGAUCUUCGAGAUCUCUGAAUCGGUUUCCGAUUCACAGGGGAAGAAUGGUGGUGUAAGGGUACGGAAGACCUUGUUGUCUCUUUUUGAAUUAGAGGAUCUCAAGGAAUUGGAGAUGGUGGAGCAUGUUUCAGCUAGUUAUAAAGCUGACUCUUCAGAGAUUGAUCAGCUUGGGGUGAACUUUGAGCUAGAGCGAAAAGGUUUGGAUGACAGAGCUGGUGUUUCAGGGAACACUAGUUUGGAUAGGGAGAAAUCUGAGGCCUUAGAAGGUGAAAGUUUGAAGGAUAAUAGAAUUUCCUUUUGGUUACCCUCAAAGCUUUUGAUGGCAGGAUUGAAAUGGGGGAGUAGAUGCAGUUCCAGGAAAGGCCCUAUGCAGGAGAGUUACUUGAACAUUGGAACUGGAAACACUUCAGUGGAUGAUAACCCUAAAAUUCAGACUUCUACCAAUUUGAUGGAUUGUCGUGAUCCAAGCAAGUUUUGUUGGGAGAAGCCGAGACAUUCUUGGGAUGGUUCAGUGAUGAGCAAGGCAUUGGCAUGCUCAUUUUCCUGUCUACAUGAGCAACGAGAUGGUUCAGACAAGAUUAAAGGAACUUUAUCUGAUGAAUAUGCGUCUUCUGAUCUUCAAAGAUCUUUUGGAGCAAACGAUAGCAGCAAAGCUAACGAUGGGAUUUUGGCAGACCAUAACUGUUUCCCUACCAAUGGCAGUUUUGGAGAUAUUCCUUUAGGGCUCCAUGGCGAACAACCCUGCCAAGAUAUUAAUGCUUCAGAUGUUUGCAGGAAGAAGUCAAAUCGGUGGUGCAGAGUGUGGGAUUGGAGCUUAACCAGCCCUUUUAGGGAUUUUGCGAACAGAAAUGGUCAUGUUUUGGAGAGAUCUCUGUCAGAAUCCUGGCGUGAUAACCAUAAGGAUAACAAUGCAAGACAUUUUCAUCCAAGCGUUGAAGUUCACGUCACUGGGACUCCAUUAAGCAAGCUACGUCAAAAUCGAAGUUUUAGUGGAGAUUUUGUAGCUGCGAAUGUUAAUAAACAUGCCCAGAAGCAUGAUUUGCAAAAGAUGAGAGAUUUCAAGCUCAGUCGAAGCCAUAGUGUUCGAAGAAGCACGGCCAAGUGGAGGAGGAGAACUUCACAUCCUCUCGCUAGAGGCUUCUUUGGGGCAUGAGUUGUAGAUAAAGCUGAACUUCAGUGACGAGAGGUACUUUGAUUUUUAUUCAUAAUUUUGAUUUGGAAUCCUGCUUCAUUUUUUUUUUUUUUGGUUUUGCUGAUUUGUGGAGAUAUUUUCAGGUCAACUUUGAUAAGCCAAUGAGUAAGUAUGACAAUUUUCUUUUAUAUUCUUAGUCCCAUUUUACAGGAUCUGCUAUUUUUUGUAUUUCUCUCUGAUAGUUUAUUAGGGAAAAGAUAAUAGCAUGUAAAACUUUGUUUCCUGAAAGUAUUCACAUUUGUAACUAGAAAUUAGUUUUCCUGGCUUUUAUUAUACCAAAGAUUAUAAAAUGAGAGCCAUUUUAUUUACUUUGACAUUAGAUUUUUGGAGCAACUUCCAAGCACAUCUGGGGAAGACUACUUGAAUGAGUUAUUGCUUUUCAAUUAGUUAAUAAAAGGGAAAUUUACAUACAUAC